AAAUGAAAAUUCUGUUAAUGGUUGUUUUAAUUGGAAACUAUUUUUAUUUUCCUUAUUCCACCAAAGAGAGGCACUUCUCAGAGACAUUUUCUAAACCAAAAACAGCAUAACUUUGCCUUACGGCAUCUUAGAGACUACGUUUAUGUUAUAGCCUUAUAUAAAAAUUAAGAUCCUGCAGUGUUACUCUAUAACGUACCAAUUUAUUGUUUUCUGCUUUUUCAUUUAAUGUGUAUAUGUGUUUUGUUUGCAUAUAUGUAUAUGUAAUACAUGUGUGCCUGGAGUUCCUGGAGUUCCUGGAAGCCAAAGGGAUGCCAGAUCCCCUGAAACUGGGAUUAUAUACAGAUGUUGUGAGCCACCAUGUGGGUGUUGGGAACUGGACCUGGAUCCUGUGUAAUAACAGCAAGUGCUCUUAGCACUGAGACAUCUCUCCAGCCCAAUUUCAUUUCGACUACAGAGGCUUGGUACCAAAACUUUGCCGGGAAGUAAAGCUGCGGAGGAAAAUGAAUGAACACUCUAAGGUCAUUGAUCUUGAUCAAGGGAAGGCCAUUCACGAUAAAAUACUCCCAUCUCCUCCAAAUGACCCCAAAUCAGGACAGUGUGAAUUUACACAGAUGAAUCACAGGGAUGAUCUGGAAAAAGGAAAUAAAACAGAAUGGGGCUUCCUCAGAGAUGGAAAUCAAGUAUCUAAAAAACAAAAUGAAACCAUAAAAUCAAAAGUAGGAUUUCUGAAUUCUUUGGCCUCAGAUGAGAAAGAAUGUGAAACCUGUUCUGGCCUGAGGACUUCUGAGGAGGAGAAUAAGGGCUGUUCUGGAGCCCUCAACACAGCUCUUGAAGAACUUGCCAAAGUUAGUGAAGAGUUAUGCACCUUCCAAGAGGAAAUUUGCAGGCGCUCUAACCACAGAAGGAUGAAGUCAGACUCUCUCCUCCAGGAAAUGCCAAAUGCAAUCAGUGUGCCUCAUGGGGAUCACUUGAUCAACAAUGGCCAGGGAAUUCCUCCAACUAAUUUAGAGAAAGAAAAACAAAAAAACAUAAAGAAUCUGAACUGUGCCACAGGGGUCCAAAGCAAUUCUGUGAAAAAGUGUGGAAUUGGUACAAUUGAUUUGCAAAGAAAUGAAACUCCACCAAUUCCUCCUCCAAGAAGCACCUCUCGAAAUUUUCCCGGCUCAUAUUCUGAACAAGCCCAAGAAAGACUGAAGGAAAGUUUAGAAUACAAGUUGGUGGCCUAUGAAAGUCAAGGUGAGAGGAAAUGGAAUUCUCAUUUCCUUUUGAGGCAGCCUCUAUCAUGUCCAUAUGAAGGGAAGAGUUCAAAAGAUACCAUGUUUUCCUCUCUGACAACAGAAGUCAAAAUAAACAGUAAGCCUCCAGGUAACGAAGACACUGGACCUAAUACAUGGUACUGUGAUACUGGAGUAGGUACAAAAGAGAGUCCUCCUGUGUGGUUUCAGAAAACCAGCUCUACCUCCAAUAAGGCAAAAUUUGAAAAGGUGUUCCCAGAUAACCCUCAUCUUGAGCUUCAUGUAAGAAGUGACUAUAGUCCUUCAGUGACACAGAGCAGUGGCCCUCUCAGAAAUUACAAUGGCAACUUUGAAAGGACUCCAAGGAAUGAAAAGCUGGCAACAAAGAUUGAUGAAUUUAACAGAACUGUGUUUAGAACAGACAGAAAUUGUCGUGUAGUACAGCAGAAUCGAAGCUACUCAACAUCACCUGAGGAUCGUAAUCCCUUAGAUAGCUUAACUGCUCAUGGAGGUGACAUAUCAGAAAGUGAUAGUGGGACUGAUGUUCUGAAAGCUAGCGACCAGUUGCCUGUGCCCUUGGAAAGUGUGUCCAACAAUCCCACAAAGAUAUCUACAGCGGGCCUGGUCAAACAAAUGCAGGAGCGUUUAAGUCCUCGUAGUUCCCAGCCUAGGUUCCAAGAAAAUGAUUGGAGACCAAGCAAUUUCUCAGGCCGGCCAAGGUCAGCUGAUCCCAGGUCAAACUAUGGAGUUGUAGAAAAGCUGUUGAAAACCUACGAGACGGCAACAGGGUCUGCACUGCAAAAUUCUAAGUGUUUCGGGGAUAACGGGACCAAGAGUGACUCUGAUGAAGCCAUAGUAAUGAAAGCUUCCAAUGGAAAAGGAUUUUCCCGACCUGCUAGACCAGCAAAUCGCAGGCCCCCAUCCAGAUGGGCAUCCAGAUCUCCAUCGGCACCCCCUGCCUUACGGAGGACUGGCCACAGCUAUAAUGUCUCUCUGGGAUCUGAUGCCCCAAGGGUCUAAGUCUCUAGCCUGGAUUUCUGGAUUACAAGAAUUCUAGUCCCUGUUGCUAUGAACUGAAUAUCCGGAGUGUUUACAACCAGUCCUGUUCUCUUCUGUGUCUUUCAAGAUCACUGGGACAAGCAAUUUAAACCCUAACUUUCCAUCAGUCUUCAGUGUUUUUGAUCUGUAGAAUAAUUAUCUCCUUGUAUUUUGAUUUCUUCGAUCAGAGUUUUUUUCAUUACCAUCCUCGUUGAGUUUCCAAUAUGAUUUAAGUUGACACAAUGUACAAUAUUGUAUAUUUUAACUUUCUCGCAAAUGCAGAAAGCAAGGUUAUGUGCAUGGUCAUGUGUUUGUAGGUGCAUGUAUUGUCAUAGGAAAUAGUCUAGUAUGUAUUUAGAUAAGAAAAAAAUUUAUGUGCUGGUGUUGACUUUGAAAUUACAACAUAUAUACCUAUAUAUUCUUUGUGUUUAUUUUGAAGUUUUGAAAAUAUACAGUUCUGUUUAUAUUUUGUAUACCUUUUAAUAGGUAUCCGCCUGAGACAUUUGACAUUCAUAUAUCAUUUAAUCACUUGGCCCACAACUACAUUGAAAAGUAAGAAUUAUACGCAUACCUAACAUUGGUAAUUUUCUAGAUACAGAUCUUAAAUAGCAUCUCAACUUACAUGAAGAUAAGCUGAUAAUGCUGAUUUUGUUUAUUCUUUUAAAUAAAACUGUCACAAGUUUGACAGUUCAGCCUUCUAAAGCGAGCAAAGAAUGUUCACAAAUACUUUUAUACGUCUUCUGGUAGUCUCAUGUGGCUUAACUGUAUACAUAGUUCUCAGACCCAGUAUCAUAAGACUGCCUUAAUAAUGACAGGACAAAGUAAUGAAUUUAUUUUGUCAACCUCAGUAACAAACAUUCCUUAAAUGAGAUGAAAAAAGGAAUUAAAUUAUGCUGGAUUUUA